AUGGGCGAUUUUGUGAAUUCUGAAAAAAUCUCCAAAAAGUACUACCGGUACUUUUUGAAAGGCUUAGCAUACUACACCUGCCACUUGAAUAAAGCAUGCACUCUGACAGACCUGCAAGCUUAUGUGUUUCUGAAGAGUCUACAGCAACUGUCCGAAGCCGAGCUAAAAUUCAUAUCAAACCACGUCAUGGACCAGCUAGUUGCAGCUGGAAUAGCGUGUAAUCAGAAUGGAUACUUUCGGUUGAACGAGUUGCUGCGAUACGCACACAGCUCUACAACGCAGCAAGCGGAAGCUAGUGGUAACGGUGGAUCGCGCGAAUUUGAGCUCAGUAGUGGAUCCGGUUUGAGAAAGAUGGUCAAUUUUUCCAACACCGUUACGAUGUGGCCCACCGAUACAAUGGAUGCAAAUCCCACAGACUCAGGUCCUACUAUGGACCAGGAUGUUGAAGAACAACCCAACAGAACUGAACCGGACAAUAAUUCCGACAGUGAUAGAGAUGAUGAAGAUAAUAAAGCUAAAACAGCUUCAAACGCAUCGCAAACUAAUUCGGACCCUGGGAAACAAUCGGAUUCUGACUCAGGCGAGUCGGAUACAAUCACCUCCUCGAAUGUAGGUUCCGAUGAUGAUGAUGCAGACGAUGAAGAUUCAACCAUUCAGCACAAACCGAUGAAACAAGAACCGGAUACAGAGUCGAAAAAAUCGGAUAACGAAGACGAGAGCCGAAAGCAGGAAUGA